CCGGCAGCCAAUCAAAUUCCAAACGGACGUUGUCUUCCGUAGCGAGAGAAGCAUGAUGUCCUUGCCUGCUUGAUUUAGGGUUAACGUGGAUUUUAAAAAUCUUCUUUGCUUCGUGGUAUUAGUUCCUGUCUGAAGAAGAAAAAAGAAAGAAAAAGAAGAAAAGUGCACUAUGCCCCUUCAUAAAUACCCCGUCAAACUCUGGGAGGCACUUAAACUAAAGCAGGGCAUCUAUGCCCGUCUCCCAAAACAUUACCUGAAGUCCCUCGAGCACAAAGAGCCCACACCUGUUCACUGGAGGUCCCUGGGAGUCCAGUACCGAGCCAAUCCAAAGACUGGGCUGAAGGAGCGGGUUCAGGACGUCCCAGUUCCCAUAAACUACCCCCCAGAGUCCCAGAACGGCCUGUGGGGAGGAGAGGGCUGGAUUACAGGCUUCAGAUAUGCCAACAAUGACAAAAUGUCCAAUCGUCUAAAGAAGAUCUGGAAACCACAGUUAUUCAAAAGAGAGCUGUACAGUGAGAUCCUCGAUCACAAGUUCACCAUCCAAGUCACAGCUCGCACUCUGGACCUCAUCGAUGCUGCCUUUGGCUUUGACUUUUAUAUCCUGAAAACACCAAAGGAAGACCUGAACUCCAAACUGGGAAUGAACCUGAAGAGGGCAAUGCUGCUUCGCCUGGCACGCAAGGACACAGAGCUUUACCCCAACAACCCUGUCAAACGAGAAAGCGUCUACAGCAAAUACAAGCAGUUUGAGAUCCCAGAGGAGGAAGCAGAGUGGGUGGGUCUGACUCUGGAGGAGGCUGUGGAGAAACAGAGACAGUUGGAGCACAAGGAGCCUGAGCCUCAGUUUAAGGUCUUUGUGGACCAGCUGGUGCAGGAGCUCCAGAUGAAGAAACUCAUAGAGCCACAUAUCUUAGAGAAGAAGUGAAGGUCUCAAGUGGACAGAGACUGAAAGUUAAAGUAGGUUGAACUGUCAGGCGUCUCCAGAUGCUGGUAGGAGUUUGAUUCAUUUCAUCUCUGUUUCACCAGUGAAUGCACAUUGAGAGGAUAUCUACAGUUUCUGCAUUUUUUUCCCAUCUUGGAGCAACACAUAGGUGGACGUACCACAAACAACACUCAUGUUGGACUGAUGUUUUUUUAUUUCAGUCUUAUUUUUUCCCUGCUGUAUUGAAGAAAUUUGAGUGACUAAGGAAAAAGCCUCCAUCAGUGUAAAUUCUCCCCACCAGCUGUCAUAUUGGGGUACAUAUUUAGGAUUUCUUAAAGAAAUAAAUUAAUAAAAGUAUCUUUUUUUCUUAAAA